GCUAAAUCUUUCACUAAAUUCUUCACGUUCCGCUGUUUCUGAAACACAUAAUUCCCCGAUCACAAUUUUCUUACUCAUUUUGAUCAUACUUUCUCUGAGAAAUGGCAUUUCAGUCCGACUGUAAGUUGAUUAUGCUUUUGUUAUUGCUAGCCCUCAAGCAGCUCAUCGCAAAGCCAUUGGUACCCUGUUAUUUCGUGUUCGGGGACUCCGUGAACGACAAUGGCAAUAAUGUCAACCUUCCUUCUGCCUUUAGACCUGUCUUCUUGCCAUAUGGGAUCGAUUUUCCCGAUGGACCAACCGGAAGGUACAGCAAUGGUCGGAAUUUCGUUGACGUCGUAGAGCAGUUCUUGGGCUUUGACAGCUUUAUUCCUCCGUAUGCAAAUGCAAGUGGUAGAGAUAUACUUCAGGGGGUCAAUUAUGCCUAUGCUGGUGCUGGAAUUCUUGAUAGAACUGGGAAGCACUUGGGUAACGUAGCAACAUUUACUGAUCAACUGAAGCAGCACCAAUACACAGUCUCAGAAAUUGCAAAGAUUUUAGGAGACGAGAACUCGGCUGCAUUUCAUCUAAAGAAAUGUUUAUAUUACGUCGACCUCGGCAAUAACGAUUACCUCGGAAAUUACUUCGGUUUUACCAAUCUCAGUCUGCAAUACACUCCUGAACUGUAUGCCAAUCUUCUCGUUGAAACAUAUUCUCGGAAGAUGAAGGAUUUGUACAACUACGGAGCGAGGAAGAUGAUCCUAUCAGGGGCAAACUUGAUUGGGUGCACACCAUCUGUAUUGGCCCACAGUCCUCCAACGUUUUCGCAGUGCAUAGGCUAUGUCAAUUUCGCUAUGCGGAUAUUCAACGACAAGCUUAAAUCUCUCGUCGGUGACUUGAACAAGCACUUUCCUGAUGCUAAAUUCACUUAUCAGGACGCUUCCGCCGUUUUUCAAGAAUUUUAUCUUACGUAUGUCAUGUUGAACGUGUUCGACUUAUCUGCCACCGUCGAGAAUGUUAAGCUCUCCGGUGCUGAAAUGAUGUCAAAGUAUUUGGGCUUCAAGGUCACAACAACCGCUUGCUGUGGACACGGACGGAAGCGUGGUAAGAUCAGCUGUCAGAAAUACCAAAUCCCAUGCAAGAACAGGGACGAGUACUUGUUUUGGGACCUUGUCCAUCCUACUGAAGCCGCCAAUGUGGUCGUGGCCAGCAAAUUAUUCAGCGAUGAAGCUGAACUGUUCACUUACCCAUUCACCAUUUCCCAGUUAGCCCAGCUCUAA